AAUGUCCCAAAUUUCAAGUACAAUUUUGAGGUUUUUAUGCUUAAGUUCCACCCAAACCUCCUCAGAAUCGUCUGGUUUUUCAUCUACAGGAACUUCAGUUCAUUUAAUAAAAAUUCUACCUUCAUACUGUGAAUAUUUUCAGAGUUUCAGGCCUUCAAAGGUUCAAAUUUAUCACUUUUUAAUGGACUUUUCCCAUCAUUUCUGAUCCUAAGAACUUCAUCAGUUUUGGUCAUAACAAGUUUUAGCAAAUAAAAGGUGUCAUUUUUUUCUCAUCUUCCAGACGCGACUCAUUUCACUGAUUUUGCAUCACUUUGGACAAUUUUUGUGUCAUUUUCUACAAAUUUUAAAUAGUUUCAAUCAAGUUUUGAGCUACUUUGGUUUUAAAUUGUUUUGGACGCAUUUUGAGUCAUUUUAAUGUUUUUUUGUCAUUUUUGGCAAAUUCGGAGUCUUUUUGAACAUGUUUUAAGACAUUCUGGACAAGUUUUGAGUUACUUUGGGGAAUUUUCAAGAUACUUUGCCUAGUUUUUAAAAAAAUCUUUUGACAUGUUUUGAGUAAGGAGUUUUUUUGGUCUUUUUUGGACAAAUUUGGAGUCUUUUGGGUUGAGUUUUCAAUCAUUUUGGACAAAUUUGAAUUGUUUAGGACAGGGUUUGAGUAAUUUUGGACAAAUAAUGCAAAAUUUUUCCAAAAUUACAAAAAAUUACCCAAAAUUAUUCAACAAUGGUUUAAAAUUGCUCAGAAAUUGUCUGAAACGUUUGAUAAAGUUUCCAAACAUCACAGAAAUGAUGCUAAAUUACUCAUAUCUGUGCAAAAAGACUCAAAAUGUGUCCAAAAAUGGCAAGAAAAAAAUCUUUAAAAGGACUCAAAACUUGUCGAAAUUAUCUUGAAACUUAUCAAAAAUAUCUGAACUUAUCUUAAACAAUUUAAAAAUAGUCCAAAAUGUCUGGAAACUUGUGCAAAAUGGCUCCAAAUUUGUCCAAAACCUCUUCAGUAUGACUCAAAAUGUGUCCAAAACAAUUUAUAACGUGUCAAAAUAUCUUCAAUCUACCCCAAAGUAACUCAAAACUUGAUUUAAACGAUCUAAAACUUGUCCAAAAUGUCUCCCAAAAGACUCCAAAUUUGUCCAAAAUGAUCAAAAAAAAUCUUUAAAAUCAAAACGUGUCCAAGACGAUUUAAAAAUUAAAACUUACGCCCAGCCUUUUUCAAACAAUUGAAAAUGUUUCCAAAAGGUUUUAAAACUUGUACAAAUGACUCAAAAUGUGUUUAAAACCAAUUAAAAUGUGUCAAAGUGUCUUUAAACAAAAUAUCUCAGAACUUGUCCCAAAGAAUUUAAAAUUUGUCCAAAAUAUCUUGAAACUCGCCCCAAAAGACUCCAAAUUUGUCCAAAGAUGACACAAACCUCCUCAUGAUGAAUCAAAACUUGUUACAAACCAUUUAAAUGUGUCAAAAAUAUAUUCCAAUUUCUUCAAAAUAUCUCAAAAUUUUCCUAAACGAUUUAAAAAUUGUCCAAAAUGACUCAAAGGAAUCGUGUCUUGAAGAUGAGCCUCUUAUCAAAAUGUAGGAAAUAAAAUGACACCUUUUAUUCUAUUAAUCUUCACAACAUUUGAUUCUUUUUUUCUCCCUAAAAAGCUUCACGUGUUUAAAGUAACACCAGAGGUUUUCGGUUUUGAGCUUCUGUUCGUCGUCAGGACUGAUUAUUUCAACGUUGUUUUUCAGCUUCAGGGUCCUUUGGUCUCACUUUGACUCUGCAGGCUGCAGAAAAAAGAAGCAGUUCUGAGGAAACCUCUGAUAUGUUAAUGUUUGAGGUUAGUUGAAUGGAGUAAUUUCCUGACAAGUUCACUUCGUCUUCCUCAUUCUGAGAGACGACGUCCCGGCAGGUUUCUGAUCGACUCUGAGCCGCUUUGAAGCACAAACUUUAAUGUUUCUGUGAGUUGAAAACGAGCUGGUUUUUAUUUUUUAGACGUUAAGAUGGACGUUAAACUGCAGCUUUCUGUCUGGAUUCUGAACGGCUUCUUCUUCACUGUUUUCUCUCUCGAAAUGACGGUGAGGAACUCAGAGCUGAAACUCUGUAAAGAAAACGCUGCUGUUUGUGUGAUGGAUCAGAGAGACUGCAGACGUUUGGUUUCUGCUGCUGCUCACAAGCCUCUGAACAUGUCGUGUUUCUACCAGAGAUCCUCAGACGACGUUCCAUCAGUGACCUGCAGCUGGAAGCAAGAAUCAAACCGAAACUACCAACCGGACACUUCGCUGGUCUUCACCCGCGGAGGUAGAAUCUCGUUCUGUUCGGGAAUCUUCAACCCGACCGCCGUCCUCAACGUCUCAGUGAGGAUGAAGAACUUCCAGACAGGAGCAGAAACCUGGUCUUCGCCUCACACCGUGUUCCUCUAUGAAGCAGUUAAACCCUCCAGGCCUUCGUUGACUCUGAUCGGAUGCUCUGAAGAUUCUCUGGUCGUGUCGGUGAAAAGCAGCAGCGAUGGAAGCUGCAGGAUUCGAUAUAAACUCAACAACGUUCACCAGUGGACUCUGCUUCCAGAUUCUGUUUCUGUCGGUGCCGACCGUCAGCUGAUCUUCACCAUCAAACAUCUCCAGACCUUCAGCGUCUACAGAGCUGCUGCUUCCUGCAAACCGAAGGUCGGUGUCUGGAGCGACUGGAGCUCCGAAACCAGCGGAAAAACUCUGGACAGAGCUCCUUCGAAACCUCCAGAUGUUUGUUACAGACUCGACAAAACCAACUCUGAUGGAUCUUUACUGCUUUAUCUCAUGUGGAAGGCUCCUGACCCCGGUGAUGCUGGAGGUCGUAUCCUUGGUUACCAGGUGAGCUGCGAUGGGUCGGUUCAGAACGUUACCGGGGCGAUGGCGCUCCUGGUGGUGGAGGAGGGGAACUGCAGCGUCGCCGCCUUCAACACGGCCGGACGUUCACCUGCUGCACACCUGAAGGUGGAGCAGAGACGAGGAGAUCUUCCCUCCGUCAGGAACUUGUGGGUUUCCAGCUCGUAUCCAGAUGUAGAAGCUCUUCUGGUCCAGUGGAAGUUUCCCAUCAGUCCAUCUUCUGUGCCACCAAUCAGCUACUUGAACCUUCAGUGGAACUCUGAGUUGAAUCCGUCCACCAGCCGCUGGUCCACAGUGGACGGUUUGUCCUCCUCCACUCUUAUUAAAGAUGUGGACUCUGCUGAAUCCUACCUGAUCACUGUGAUUCCUGUUUACCACCAACUCUGUGGACCACCUCAGUCUCUCUCUGCUGACCUGAAACAUGGAGCUUUGUUGGAGGUCGUCGGUCUGAAAGUUGCUGCUGUAAAUAAAACAACAGUAACCGUGAAGUGGGCGUGGCAAAGGAGGUCUGGACCAAUCAGAGUGCGGCGCUACAGAGUGAUGCUGAGGACGGACUCUGACAGGCAGAGUGUGUCUCUGUGGCCCGACCAAUCACAGCACACCUUCUUCAGCCUGACGCCCUACACACAGUAUUCUCUGCUGCUAUUGGCUGAUGACGUCACCAGGAGCAUCGUCCCCGUGACGACAGAUUUCGAUGAACUUCCAGCUGUUGCCACGGCGACUCCUCUGCUGUUGCUGGCCGUCACCGUCUUCAUCAUCUCCAUCCUCUCCAGGACUGUGUACAAGUCGUACUUCUUCCCUCCCAUCUCCAGCCCUCGAGGAAGCACCACAGGCCAGUGGCUGAUGGACCCAAGCCUCCAGAAAUGCGUGGAGAAAAACAUCCUGGAGAUCGAAGACUUCCAGGUGAGAGAUGUUCUCGGAGAUAAAAGUCUCAUCACGGUGAACCCGAACUCUCUGCUGCCAUCAGAGGAGAUGCAUGAAGACUCGCCUUUACCCGUCCAGCUGUCCGUCCAGCUGUCCGUCCAGCUAGCCACCCUCAAACUGGACUCUGAGUACGUUUCUGAAGCUCCACAGAUCUCAGACCAGCAUCGACACGAAGCUCACAGCCGGUUUAAUCAGAAAGAGGACGAGCAGCUGGACGUCUCGAAACGACACUUUGAUGAGUUUGAGGCUCAUCAGACGAGCUGUGAGGAGGAGUUUCUGCUGAACUCUGAAGCAGAAAACGAACACGGCGACGGAUCUUAUCUCAUCUGUGAGACGGAUUACAUCACCAACAGCUGCUUCAGGGCUGAUGGAAAUAACAGCUUCAGCACUGCUUGAGCUCAGAGGCAAACAGGGAACAGCAGAUUAAAGGACUGGUGGCCUCUAGUGGCUGUAAAGUUACACUGCAGAGAGACUCUAAAUGCCCAGGAAGAUGCAUAAACCAAUUAAAUAACAACUUAAAGGAAACAAAAAGGUGUAAAACCACUGCAAACUGAGCAAAAGAGACUCAAAGCAGCCACAAAUGAGAUGCAAAAUAACAACGAGCUGAAAAAUCACCACAAAAACGAUGGAAGACGAUUGUAAAGAGACUCAAAAUGACCACAAACAUCUGCAAACCAACACAAAAAUGAUGCAAAAUGAGCACAAAACGGUGCAAAAUGACUGCAAACUGAGCCUAAACGACUAUAAAGACUCAAAAGGACUAUAAAUGUGCUGGAAGUGAGAUGCAAAAUGGCUUUAAAGAGACACAAAAUGCACCACAGCGAUAUGUAAAGUGACCGCAAAACAAUGGAACUGGCUGAAAACAGUCACAAACAGAUCUAAAACUAUUACAAACUGUUCCAAAGUGACUCCAGAAUAAAAAUUUAAGGCAUGUUAGCCAAGCUAGUGUUACUUUAUGGCUGUAAAAUUACACUGUAAAGAAUAAAAGUCACCACUAAGAGACUCAAAAUGUGCAGAAAGAUGCACAAACCAACCCAAAAAACCAAACAGAAAAACCACCUUAAAGUAAACAAGCAGAUGUAAAACCACUGAAAACUGAGUCAAAGUCACCACAAAGAGACAAACCAACCAAACACAAAACACAAAACCAACUUAAAGGAAAUAAACAGGCUGAACCACAAAAGCUAAAAUAUUUCUAGGUAGUCUAAUCCAAGCAGAACAGUGUUUCAAAGUUAUUCUACAAAUAUAAGUAAGAUUUAUUUUUAAAAGCACUUUAAAACACCACAGACAUAAAUCGGAGGAGACUCGUCAUGUAGUUUUUGUGAUUUCUUUGGGAGUUUUCACUGCAUUCGUGUUCAUUCAGAACAACAAACAAACACCACAGUUGUCUGUUUAAAUUGUUUUGGUUCAUGGAAGAUAAAACACGUUUAAUUAACAAAGUGAAAUUAAAGCUGCAGGCAGCGUUGAAUUGACAAAUCAAGGUGUGACACAGAAGUGAAGGUGAGGAAACGUAGCUGACCAGUUUCAAGGAUCAUAUCACAGAGUUUGUAGAAGCGGUACAUUCAAACAUAGACUAUUUUCAGAGUUACAGUGUGGCUUAUAAGGAGGCAAAAUGCCACAGAUUUUCUGGAUUAAUCCAGUCAUCUUAGCUAUUUAGCUAGUGCUACAGCAAGCUGAUAUAUCAUAACAUUAGUAGCUUAACAGAGUCAGCUAAUUAGCCUUUCAGACUGAAAAUAAUACAUUUUUACUCCCAGUGUGCUGUUUUGUCAGCUUCCAUAGAUCCCCGUGUCCACUGCUCCCAUUUCCCGUAGUUCCCCGUUGUCUCCAGUAGGUGUCGCCCUUGCCUUAUUCCUAGUAGAGCAAGGGCUUAACUGUGAAUAAAUGACUAAAUCUUU